AUGUUAACAAGACUUAAGAUAGACAAUAAUAAGAUGAUUAAGGCGAAUAUAGUGAGCGUGAUUCUGUUGAUGCAUGCCAUUGUUGGGUUUCCAUUUCAUGCGAGAGGCUUAAGUAUGACUUACUACAUGAUGAACUGCCCUUUCGCCGAACAGAUUGUGAAGAACAGUGUUAACAAUGCUCUUCGAGCCGAUCCAACAUUAGCCGCAGGUCUUAUCCGUAUGUUGUUCCACGACUGUUUCAUUGAGGGAUGUGACGCGUCGAUUCUGCUAGAUUCAACAAAAGAUAACACCGCGGAAAAGGAUUCGCCUGCGAAUCUGAGUCUACGUGGCUACGAGAUCAUAGAUGAUGCAAAAGAGAAAAUCGAGGAUAGAUGUCCUGGAGUUGUAUCUUGCGCAGAUAUUAUUGCCAUGGCGGCUAGAGAUGCUGUCUUUUGGGCUGGUGGUCCAUACUAUGACAUACCAAAAGGAAGAUUUGAUGGUAAAAGAUCGAAGAUAGAAGAUACAAGAAAUUUACCUUCACCUUUUCUCAAUGCAUCCGAACUCAUUCAAACUUUUGGCCAACGUGGCUUCACUCCACAAGACGUUGUUGCUCUAUCUGGAGCACAUACCCUAGGAGUUGCACGAUGCUCCUCCUUCAAGGCUAGACUUACCGUCCCAGACUCUUCAAUGGACUCGACUUUUGCAAACAGUCUUUCCAAAACUUGUAGUGCGGGUGACAAUGCAGAGCAACCCUUUGAUGCGACCCGCAACGAUUUCGACAAUGCUUACUUCAAUGCACUCCAGAGGAAAUCAGGAGUCCUCUUUUCGGACCAAACCUUAUUCAACACUCCAAGGACCAGGAAUAUCGUUAAUGGCUAUGCUUUUAACCAAGCAAGGUUCUUCUUUGAUUUCCAACAGGCCAUGCGCAAAAUGAGCAAUCUUGAUGUUAAACUUGGCUCUCAAGGUGAAAUCCGUCAAAAUUGUCGGAGCAUUAACUAGCCUAGGCCAUAUAUAUAGCUAUGAUUUAUGUAUUUUCAUGCUCCCACUUUUAACUAUAUCUCCUCUAUCAUAUAUAUGAAUCAUGAAUCUUCUAUAUCCUCCCAUGUAAAAUUGUGGGUUUCAGAUAUCCAUCAAAGCAUAAAAUACUAGGUGAUCUUGUAUUUAAUUUAUGUUUAUGAGCUGUUA